UCAUUUUGUAGCGACGGACUACAGUUCCCAGCAAGCUGAGAGGCACGCUUCGCUAUUGGGCGUCGCUCUGCAAUUAGACUACAACUCCCAGAAAUCCGGUGGGCGGAGACUACCGGAGUAGAGCACUCACGUGCAAAGAAAGGUUGGGAAAGUUGACAAAGAAAGUUUCUGAGUCUUUCACUGGUGAGAUUUCUCACAUCUAACCAUGCGACUUUCGGCCCUGUUGGCCUUGGCAUCCAAAGCUACGCUCCCUCCCCACUACCGCUAUGGGAUGAGCCGUCCAGGCUCCCUAUCAGACAAGAGGAAGAAUCCUCCAUGGAGCAGGCGGCGCCCAGUGGUGGUAGAGCCCAUCUCUGAUGAAGACUGGCACCUAUUCUGUGGAGACAUGGUGGAGAUCUUAGAAGGCAAGGAUGCUGGAAAGCAAGGCAAAGUGGUCCAAGUUAUUCGGCAGCGGAACUGGGUUGUCUUGGAGGGGUUGAACACGCAUUUCCGCUAUAUUGGCAGAACCAAGGAUCACCGAGGGACCAUGAUCCCUAGUGAAGCCCCAUUACUUCAUCAUCAGGUCAAGCUAGUGGACCCUGUGGACAGGAAACCCACUGAGGUCCAGUGGAGAUUUACUGAGUCAGGAGAGCGGGUUCGCGUCUCUACAAGAUCUGGGAGAAUUAUCCCCAAACCUGAAUUUCCUAGAGCAGAUGGCAUUGUCCCUGAAAUAUGGACUGAUGGCCCCAAGGACACAUCAGUGGAAGAUGCUCUAAAAAAAACUUAUGUGCCCCGGCUAAAGACAUUAGAAGAAGAUGUGAUGGAGGCAAUGGGGAUCCAGGAGCCUCGAAAACACAAGAAGGUUUAUUGGUAUUGAGCCUGAGAGUGCUGGUUCUGCCUGCUCAGUCUUUACCUUGAGGGUGGAGGCUGCUCUUCCCCCAACACCAAUAAAGAGCCCUGAGUGCAGCUAC